AUGGACCAUCAAGGUAUGCCAAGUUCGUAUGGCCCACAGAGCACAUCUGGGUAUAAUCUUAGACCUUCUCGAGGCAAUCGAAACACUUCGGGGCGCACUCGGUCAUAUUCUCAUCAGUCCCGAGCGUCUUACAAUUUUUCUACAAAUGGGGACGAUGUGGAGAACGAAUUCAUUGAAGAUCGGACCCCGGGCUUCAGUCUUCCAUCUGAUUUUUUUAGAACCCCUGUAGGAGCGUUGAAAUUUGAAUGGUUCGGCGAAUAUCCCGACACCGAUGAAGAUGUAUUCCAUGUUCAAAUGCCCCUUCCUGAUGGAACCGAGUGGAAAAUUCGGAUUUUCCCCAGCGGAAGGACAAACAUGUCAAUUUUUGGAUACUUCUUGCAGCCGGUAGGAGAUGAUGGAGUUCCUCGUGUUCCUGAAGGCUUCAAAGUUCGACUUGCACUAGGAGGGCCUCCGGUUGAGAGUUGGGAACAAAGGUUCAAAGGGUGUCUCAAUUUAAACUUGCCGCCUGUUAUCACAAAUGAAAAAUGGUAUUUCAAGGAAGGUCAGAAGGUGGCUAUUUGUAAGAAUGAGGAGGCAGUUGGGGAAAUCACAAUCCCUGUUAAUGCUGAGCGGGAGAGGGAACGACAGAGACAAAGGAACAAUGGAAGGAGUGUACGUUUCUUCCCACUUACGCAGGGUGGCUUUCCUAUCACUGGUCAUUCGGGUGGACGUUCAGGUGGAAGUCAUUCAAGUGGAAGUCGUUUAGGUGGAGGUCAUUCGGUUGGAGGCCGUUUGGGUGGAAGCCGUUUGGGUGGAGGUCGUUAGAGUGGAGGUUGUUUGAGUGGAGAUAAUUCAGGUUCAGGUCCUUUUGCUGGCACUCGUUAUCCUUGAACGAGUUAUGUGGCUAUAUACUCAUUUUUAAUUCCAAAUUUCAUGAUGUAAAUGUUUCUCUAUGGGACGCUGUUGCAGAAAUUGUGAAAGUUCAGAAGACUGCUGGCAGCAAAAGAUGGUGAUGAAUAUUUUCGAUCGUUUCGACAAGUUCAUCU